AUGAACAAUCCUAAGGUGGUUUUGAUCACUGGUUGUGCCAAAGGUGGAAUAGGUUAUGAAUACUGCAAAGCAUUUGCUGAGAAACAAUGUCGUGUCUUUGCUUCCGACACACCUCAGAGAAUGAACAACAUGUCGGAUCUUAAUAGUUUCGACAAAAUUAAGACGUUAGAGCUCGAUGUUUUAUCCGAUAUAAGUGUCUCAUCAGCAAUUAAUACCAUCAUCUCCAAAUAUGGUCACAUAGAUGUGUUGAUCAACAAUGCUGGCAUAGGCAGUGUCGGUCCAUUAGCAGAGCUUUCACUAGACACAAUAAGAAAUGCUUGGGAGAUUAACAUGUUAGGGCAAUUAAGAAUGAUCCAACAAGUGGUGCCUCACAUGGCGGAAAGGAGAAGUGGGUGCAUAGUGAACAUAGGCAGUGUGGUGGGGAAAGUCUCAACGCCAUGGGCGGGAUCAUAUUGUGCUAGUAAAGCUUCUGUUCAUGCUAUGUCCGACGCCUUGCGGGUUGAAUUAAGGCCUUUUGGGAUUAAUGUGGUGGUGGUAAUGCCCGGUGCGGUUAAAUCCAAUUUUGGCCGAGCGAACAUGGAGAGAUUAAAGGACCCAGAUUGGAAACUUUAUAAGGGUUUUAAGGACUCCAUUGCUGAGCGAGCCGGAGCUUCGCAAGGAGCUUCUGCGACUGAUGCCACCAUAUUUGCUAGACAUGUAGCAGAGAAAGUUUUGAGAAGAAAACCACCACGACAGAUUAUGUUUGGUCAUAUGACUGGUUUGUUUACUGUGCUUUCAUGGUCUCCUAUGUGGGUUAGAGAUCUUUUUUUCUCUACUCGUUUUGGAUUAAACAAGAAGAUGUAA